AUGGUCAAAGAUAAUACUUCCUCCGCUCUUCUUGUACUAUCUACAUUAGUGUUACUUCUACUACUUACCCCCAUGGUAGCGUCCGAAGCAACCCGGGAAACCCAAACAAAAAUCGACUCCAUAUGCAGGUCGAACGAGGACUACGGAUUCUGCAACAAGGUUUUUCAAGCGGAUAUCCAACAACCCGACAUGGACUACGUGGGCUUAACGAAGAUUACAAUCAUGGAGGCCCGAAAGAAUGCCUCGAACACUUUGGGGUUCAUUAGGGCUCAAAUCCCUGGGGUUAAGGAUGAAUCAGAGCUUAAUUACUAUAAGGUAUGUGAGAAUGCAUAUUUGACUAUUAAGCAAAGUUUUGAUCAAGCUUUCGACGCGUUUAUUAAGGGAGAUUAUACACUAAUGGCUUCUGAUCAAAGGAUUACCCCAAGAGUUCAAGCUAAUUGUGUUACUAUCUUUACUAUGUCUUCAGUUUCAGAGAAUCCUCUUGGAAGUCUGAAUGAGAGGAACAGAGAAAUGAGGAUUCUUAUAACUAUGGCUAUUAUUACAGCUAGUUUUAUAGUUCCAUAA